UGGAAAAGCAAUACACGCCAUAGCACGUAUUAGCGAUGAGUUUUGCUUUGACCCCUUAGAAAAAGGCGUACACUUGAGUCUGAGUUACAUUCCCUCUCAGCUCCCUCCACUUUCAACAUGGACAAAUGCCACAUUUUCUGUAAUUGUAAUUAUGCAGAUUAUAUCCAGGAAGAUUCAUACCUGCUCUGCACCUAACAUUAUUGGAAUUUGGUGUUACCCAAGGUGAAGCGUGUCCAGGACAUCCGGAUUAAUACCAAGGGUUUUAUUUCUAUUGUCACAGGUCAAGAGGUUUAUGUUUUGUACCACAUCAGAAAUCACGUUUGAACAACAUGUUUUUGUAUUGGUAUGACUCAACAGGAAGAAUUCCUCCCAUUAAUCAAACACCACUUCCCGCAGAAUUAGGGUUUUCUCUAGAGAUUUCUGAGUUAAAAGUGAUCGACCCAGCUUGCUGGGAGGUCCUCUCUUUUCAUGCGUGAAGUAUCCCGUAGGUGCUGGUAGUGGCUGUGCUCAUUUGUAUGCCUUGUGUGGAUGGACAUACAGGAAGAUUGUUUUAGAGCAAGCUCCAGUCCUUCACAUACCUCAAACACAAGCUGAAACUCUGAGUGAUUAGGUAACACACUUCAAAGCUUAACUCACACACUUAAAUAUCCCAAGAUUGGAUUCCUGUGCCUGCAUUACACCUGUGACUUCUGACCAGUAAUAAUGAAGCUUGCCUUGAGAUCAGUGAAUUCUUCAAGGUCAGCGUAUGCAUACAUCUUCUUCUCAUCUAUGUUUUUUCAACAUUACUGCUGGACAGCUGUGUCUCAACCAUGUCAGAAAGAAAAACAGUUAUCACUUCCAUGUAAAUUAUUCAUUAAGUCAGUUCUUCCUGUAUUUAGAUGUGUAAAUGUGCUGGAAAGGAAUGUAGAGAAAUGCAGCAUUUAUACAAAUACUAAUGAGCAUCACAUAACUUUUCAGCUUCUCUGCAGAAAUGGUGUUAUAAAAACGUAUAAUCUGACUUUCCAAGAAUGUGAUCCACUGCAGGCUGUUUUUGCAAAGCACAUGUGUCCGAACAUACUUAAAGUCCACUCCAGGCUGCUGGCUGAUAUAAUGAUUCAUUUUCCAACCAGUCAAGAAGAAGUGACUUUAUCGGUUACUCCAAUGAAAGUUUGUUUCAGGAGUUACGCCGAGGAAGAUGCUGACUUUUCAAAGACAAUGCUUACUGAAAUACAGCUAAAUCCAGAUGAAUUUGACUACUUUCAAGUUGAAGUAGAUUCUGAAGUGACGUUUUGCCUUAAAGAACUGAGGGGGCUACUGGCAUUUUCUGAAGCUACCCACGGUCCUGUCUCAAUCCAUUUUGAUGUAUCUGGGAGACCGGUUGCUUUCAGCAUUGAAGACAUGGUGCUGGAAGCCAGCUUUAUUUUGGCUACGUUGUCUGACAUCGACAAUGGGACAGCUUCCCAGGAGCCCCUGUGCUGUUCACAGAUUCCAGAGAGCUCAAAGGCAUACGUGGACAAAUCUGAAAACUCCUCCAUGGAUAAGGACGGUAAUGCAGAAGCAGCUGCUUCCAAAAGGCCACGGCAGAAUGAAAAUGAACACAAGCACAGAGCCAGCGGCACCUGCAAGUCCUGUGGCAAAACGGAAUACGUGCAACUCAGGGGAACAUUCUUAAAGAUCUUGAGGGAACAGCCAUGCCUGAGACAGAUGGCCAAGCAGUGCUAGAAGCAGAGUCAAGAGAAUCUCAUUAUCACAAGUUUCAGUUCUUGUUCUUUGGAGCAGUUUCUCCUAAGAAGGAUGCCAUCAGUCACACCUCCCAUAGUUUAGCAACAGCUAGUGACACUGAAGAGGAUUUUGGCAACAUGCAGAGCUCCCAAGUUCUCUAGUAACACGAGGCGUACGAAUCCAAGACUAAUGUGGACUGCCUUGAAAGUUGAAAGACAGAAGCACAUUUGACACAGUGUAGAGCAGUUUCUAGCCUUAGAAAGAAGUUUAAUUCUGUUAUGAAAAUGUCCUGCAGUUCUUAGGCAAGCUGGAACUUAAUGGAAGCUACUUGUAUGGUAAUCUGCAUUUCACUAACAUCUAUUGCCAGAGUCUGGGAAGUGGAAAUUCCACUCAAGUGUGUUUGUUUUUCCCCCUCUAAGGGGAAUGUACCAAAAGGACAGAACUACUUGGUACAGAGUACUGUAUCAUUUCCUGCCAUGUCACUACUGGUUAAGUGUUUAUUCUCUGCGUUAAGCACCAGUACUAAUCAUUUUAAAGCCAUCGCUGCUGUCGUAAUAUACAUUUAGGUCGUUUAGAUUUGUAGAUGAUGUAUUCUGUAGACACAUUGCUUUACAUGUUCAGCUUUCCAGUCUCACAAGAGAAUUCAAAUUGCGUUUGCACUUCAGACAAAUUAAGUUACUGUUGUAAAGUCAGAAGCACUGAACAGGAAACCCACCUACUGCAGCACAGCCAAAUACAUUAGUGCUAUAUAACAGCUGGUAUUCUUAGAGAAACAUUGUAGAAGUAGUAUUUAGCUAAAAAUAAAUGCACUUCUAUGACAACUUAAGUUGAAUAAAUAAAAAUUGUGAUUAAAAAUGAUUUGAAA